GGUGGAUAUCAAAAACAACAAGAUGCUCUCACGACAUGUUUUGCAAUUGAAGAGGUGCUAAAUCACUGUUCCGAGGACAAUGACAAAGUCUAUGCAGCCUAUAUGGACAUCUCAAAAGCUUUUGACACUAUGUGGAUUAAUGGAAUGCUUUACAAGCUAUACUACACCAAAGGGGUAACUGGUAAAACUUGGCGGCUCAUACGAAAUUGGUACUUGAACAUGAAAGAAUUUGUUAUCGUUGAAGGAAAAUCAUCUCGUAUAUACGAGCUAGGGCAAGGUACAAGACAAGGUGGGGUUCUAUCACCCUGGCUUUUCCUGGUAUUCAUAGACAACCUUAUCGAGGAAUUGAGCAACAUUAAAUCUGGAAUUUGCAUCAACACCGUGUAUUUCGGAUCACCCAUGUUUGCGGACGAUCUAACUAUGCUAUCACGUAUGAAAUCUGGACUGGACAAAAUGUUACGAUGUGCUUCGGAAUACAGUAACAAAUGGAGAUUUACAUUUAAUGCUACGAAAACGGUAGUUUUAACGUUUGGUGAAAGCUAUCGGGAACGUAGUGUAAAUCGCAGCAUUAGAGAUUGGCAUCUUGGGUCACGAGUUAUUUUGGAAAAGGAAUGUUGGUUCAAUCUUGGAAAAAUAUGGCAUGUAAAUAAGGAUUCGUCUGCAUUCGUUUCCAAGGCUGUUACCAGAGGAAGAGAAUCCGGAAUGGGUUUAAUGAAAAUGGGAGCUCGAUAUGGAGGAUUAAAUCCUAUAAUUUCAGUUCAGUUAUGGAAGCGGAUUGGUAUCCCAAAGAUGUUGUACGGUUCCGAGCUCUGGCAAUUGAAUUGUAAUGACAUUGUUGAACUGGAAAAAGUGCAAAAUACUACGGUGCGUAUUAUACAGGGGUUAUUACCUGGAAUAUCAGGGUCUGCUGCGAGAGGGUUGCUGGGCUUACCACCAAUCGAAGCUGAAGUCGAUAAACGGAAAUUGUAUUUUCUGGGACGACUUAUACUAAUGAGUCAUGGUGUUCCGUGCAGAAAGAUCUUCCUCAUGAGAUUAAUACGUUGGAAGUGGAACCAUACAAACACCUUAAAAGGAUUCAUUCCAAAUAUUGUACGAAUUCUUUUGAAAUAUGAUCUCAUGGACUUUCUAACAGGGUAUAUUUUAUCCGAUCAAUUUCCAAGCAAAUCUGCAUGGAAGAAAAUUGUUAAAAAACAUAUAUACGAGUACUAUAACAAUAUCUGGCAAGAAAAAAUAAGUACGCAUGGUCAACUAAAACUUUAUGCAGAAGUUCAUCCUGUGAUUGAAAUUUCACCAUGGUGGUUAUUAGCUAGAAUGAAACCGGACUUUAUGAAAGAAAUUAAUGAUGUUCUAAGACUACUCUGUGGAUCUUACAAAAUUAAAGGAAAACGGGUGAACAAACCAGAAACUUAUAGAGACUAUUGUAAUGUUUGUAAUAGCAAUUUCUUAAAUCCUGUAAAGCAUGCAUUACUUUAUUGUAAUGGCACAAGCCAAUUAAGAGAAGAACUAUGGGAAUGGAUAAACGAUACUAUGCCAAUCGAAAUGGCAGUACAUUUAGCAAGUUUGACAGACAUGGAAUUUCUCUUAGUUAUAUUAGGUAAAAAGUUAGAAGCAUUAUGUGCAAACACAGACAUAUGGACGGAGCUAUUGCUGAAAUCUGCAAGUUAUGUUUCCUUUUGUUAUAGGAGUAAUUUAGUUAGCUAG